AUGGGAACCAAAACUCCGCAAAACGAACAUCGCAGAAACGAUGGCGAUCCCUCCAAGUCUGAUGGACUCUCUCACGUCGGCGGCGAGCCUCGAGGCUCUCAUAUGUCCAGGGACGGAGAUGGCUGUCUCGGAGGCGCGGGAGGAGGUGACGACGAGAGCGACGGCGACGGCGACGGCGAUGGGGAGGGCGAGGGAACCAGCCUAGGACCAAUAGAAGCCCCCUUGACCACCGAAGCUGUAGACACACAGAAGAAACGCAAGAAGCCCAAGAAGAAGAACAAAAAGAAUAAGAAAGGGUCGGCGUCCGUGCCUGUUGUCAAGCAAUCGUCGCCACCAAGGGUCUUGUUGAGCGACCUCUUCCCGAACGGCAACUACCCCCAGGGCGAGGUGCAGAGCUACAGCUACACCGAAGCGCGGACAGCAGCUGCGGAAGCACGCCAUGAAGCUCGUCGACAUUAUUGGGAAGACGACGCCUUCCUCCAAAACUACCGCAAGGCCGCCGAGGUGCACCGCCAAACCCGCCAAUGGGUCCAAGACAGCGUCAGGCCUGGCCAGACGACUCUCCUGGAACUGGCCGAAGGAGUCGAGGACAGCGUCAGGGCUCUUCUUGGCCAUGCCGGAUUGGAGCCUGGGGACAGCCUCAAGGCCGGUAUGGGCUUCCCAACUGGUCUCUGCCUCAACAACCAAGUCGCGCACUACACUCCCAAUCCGGGCCAGAAGGAUGUCGUGAUCCAGCAGCAGGAUGUCCUGACGGUCGAUUUUGGUGUCCACAGCAACGGCUGGAUCGUCGACAGCGCCUUCACCAUGGCAUUUGACCACACCUACGACAACCUUCUGGCAGCGGUCAAGGAAGCCACCAAUACAGGGAUCAAGACCGCAGGUGUCGACGUGCGGAUCAGCGAUGUCAGCGCCGCCAUUCAAGAAGCCAUGGAGAGCCACGAGGUCGAGAUCCGCGGCAAGACAUUCCCCGUCAAGCCCGUGCGGAAUCUCUCGGCACACGACAUCAAGCACUACCGCAUCCACGGCGGCAAGUCCAUCCCCUUUGUCAAGAACUCGGACCAGACCAAGAUGGAGGAGGGUGAGGUCUUUGCCAUUGAGACGUUCGGCACCACAGGCCGCGGCUGCGUGGUGGAUGAUGCAGGGGUCUAUGGCUACGGGCUGAACCACGACGCUCCGCUGGGGGCAACAUCUCUCCCCCUAGCCUCAGCCAGGCGUCUGCAAAAGACGAUCCGCGAGAACUUUGGGACGUUGGUCUUCUGCCGUCGCUAUCUCGAGCGGCUGGGCGUGGAGAGGUAUCUGGCUGGCAUGAACUGUCUUGUCUCCCACGGCAUCGUGGAAUCUUACGCCCCCCUGAUGGACAUUCCAUGCUCGUACUCGGCGCAGUUCGAACAUACCUUUCUCCUGCGCGAGACGCACAAAGAGGUCUUGAGCCGCGGAGAUGACUACUGA